AUGUCGAUAUCAAGCCUUCCCGAAGAGAUUCAAGAAAAGGUAAUCCUCAAAAUGCCAGUGAAAUCCAUCUCUACUUGUAAGUGUGUGUGCAAACUGUGGUGUAAUCUAAUUUCUAGCCCCGAAUUUAUUAAAUAUCACCUUAAGCUUCCAUUGUGCUUGAAUAUAAACCAGCUUAUUAGUUUUCUUGUUGUAAAUAAAUCAUCUCUGUGCUAUGUCGAGUAUGAUUUUGAGAAUGAUGAACAAAUUAGCCAGAAACCUACAAAAGAGUUAUUCAACCUUGGCCGCCUUGGUUAUUUCGAGGACGUAGGAGAACAGGAUAUCGUGAUUGUUGGUUCAUGUAACGGUUUGGUUUGUUUAACAACAAAAAUUCACAAGUUUCUAUGUGGUCAUGUCUACAUCUGUAAUCCGAUCACCCGAGAAUGUUUAGAACUUCCUAGCCUCGUCCCGACUAACAAGGACUAUAAAGAUCAUGGAUAUGCCUAUAUGUUAUACGGAUUUGGUUACCUUUCAUCAAGUAACGAGUAUAAGGUUGUUCGAAUCAGCUAUUCAGGAAAUAAAAUAUAUUCAGGAAAAGUAGACGUAUACACAAUUGGGGACGGCAGGGGGUGGAGAUAUAGAGGAGAAAUCACAACAGAGCUAUUAGGUUGGUCAUCUACCCAAGGUAUCCUUGUCGACGGAGCACUUUUCUGGAUUGAUGAGUGUAGUACAGGUCCCUUAAUAUCAGUCUUUGAUUUAACGGAUGAGAAAUUAUACAUGCUUUCUGUACCACCUGCUUCGCCUUCCGACUGGGGAAAUUAUAAAUUGGGGGUUUUGACAGGACAAUUAUGUUUUUUCCGGGCAACCACAUAUGAUAGUUCGGUAAUAUGGUUAUUGGGAAAGAAUAUACAUGAUUCUGACGUGAAAGAACAAGGUGGUAAAGACAGGCACUCCCCAUGGAUAUGGAGCAAAGAGUCCGGUAAAGACGAGCACUCCCCGUGGAUUUGGAGCAAAGGGCCAACAGUGACACUGGAAGGGAUACUAAGGUACCGACCCUUAACCACAGCUAAAAAUGGGGAUAUAUUAUUCUUAUAUAGAGAAAAUUGGAACCAAGCAGAAACGAAAAAUGUCAUCAUUCGCUUUGACCCGAAAACCUCAGAUUCAAAUGAACUAGGAGAUCUGGGCUUGCCUUUGCCUGGUUUUAGUAAAGCCACAAUACACGUUAACAGCUACAUUUCCUUGAAAUUACUUGGAGAAGAAAAUGUCUUUGCCCGGUUAUGA